ACCAAAAUCUUGUUGGCUUUUCUGAUUCGGCACGACCGGGCCGAGUGCGAUGACGAAUGUGGGGAACCUAACUUGGCGGGAAGGAAUCAGCUAUGUUCCGGUCGACCACCACAGGAACGUUUUCCGCCCUUAAGCAGUCCAAUUUUCUUCCUUUUCGUAACUACAGCCAACUGCGGGAGCGCCUGCCUCGUUCUCAGUCACCAAUAGUUUCUCGACCAGCGUUCUUCAACUCCGUAACGUUCGAUGGGCAACAAAUUCCGACCUACCGUGUCCUGGACGGUGUUGGCAAGCUUUUGGACGCGACAUUUACAAUAGAGAUUGAUGAACAGCUGGCACGAAGACUUUACGAAAACAUGCAACUACUACCGGCUCUUGAUAACAUUUUGUACAACGUACAGCGGCAAGGGAAGAUCUCAUUCUAUAUGACUACGUACGGCGAGGAAGCCACGAUAACCGGUGCAGCAGCUGGUCUAGCGAUGAAUGACGAAGUUCUUGGACAGUACCGUGAAAUGGGUGUCCUGUUGUGGCGCAAAUUCGGGAUUCAACAAGUCUUUGCCCAGUGUUUUGGGAAUCAAGAAGACAUGUCGGGGAAAGGCAGACAAAUGCCGGUCCAUUUUGGAUCUCCCGAACAUCACUUUCAUACUAUUUCUUCGCCUCUUGCCACACAAAUUCCACAAGCAGCGGGCGUUGCCUACGCGCUUCGUCGUAUGCGUUCAGGUGCUGUCGCUGCUUGCUUCUUCGGGGAAGGAGCCGCAUCUGAGGGCGAUUUUCAUGCUGGGCUUAUGUUAGCCUCCACGAUUCCGUCUCCGGUUAUAUUUAUUGUCCGAAAUAAUGGAUUUGCCAUCAGUACACCCAGCACAGAGCAGUACAACGGCGAUGGUAUUGCUAGUCGAGGACCAGGAUAUGGCAUUGACACCAUCCGUGUGGAUGGUAACGAUGUUCUUGCCGUAAUGACUGCUGUAAAAGAAGCUAGACGGCGUUGCGUAGAGGAAGGGCGUCCCGCCUUGGUUGAGGCGAUGACUUACAGAGUAGGACAUCAUUCUACUUCAGACGAUUCAUUCGCAUAUCGUCCGAGAUCUGAAGUCGAAGACCGUAAACGCAUCGAUAAUCCCAUUGUCAGAUUUCGGCUCUAUAUGGAAUCCCAAGGAUGGUGGAACGCGGAAGCCGAAGAAUCUCUGAAGGCAAGAUUGAAAGCGGAAGUCAUGAAAGAAUUCAAGAGGGCGGAGUCUAUGAGCCUCUGUGAAGUUGGAGAACUAUUUACUGAUGUCUACGGUGGUGAAGUGCCAUGGAAUAUUAGAGAACAACGCGAAGAAUUAGGGAGUCUGUUAAAGAAGUAUAGCAAGUCAUGGGAGCCAUGGCGGAAUCAGCUAGCGAAGUACAAGAAUGAAGGUCAGGACAUAAUGGAGGAAUGAUAACUAUUGCAGCUUGGAAUGGAAACUCGUGAAGCUUGUAGCAUUAUUGUAGCCCUUAGUAUUGCAAUCACCCGAACGUUUCUUGUCGUGGCCUGUUAUACUAGUACGUGUACAACUAACACCCCGAAAUGCCUGUAACUCAAUGACCGUGGCCUAACAGAGAGCUCAGAGUAAAUGGCACCAACAUG